UUGUAGUUGUUGUUUAUUGCCUUUUUUGUCGUUUCAUUUGGUUAAAUUUGCAGAUCUGAAGUGUAAUUGAUAAUAUUUCAAUUUUCGGUGCAUACACCAGACAUUAAUAUGUUCCUCGAGUUCGUCUAUUUUAUGGAGUUUUAUUGAAAUUAAAUUUAAUUGAAGACUCAUGAUUGGAUGUAGCCUUCAUUUGACUUCCUUAAACUUGAUAUUUUUCAUAAUCAGCAUUAGAUAGUUUCAUAACUUUUAAAAUUUCGUGCUUGGUUACAUAAGAUGCCACCAAAUUGACUUAUAUAAAAUUGAAGCAAUAGCUGUAGAUAACAACUCAUUCCUUCAAUUUUCUUUCUUUGGUGAUAAUUUGAUCAAAUUUCGGGUGAGUUAUUGGCUCCACAAUUGCAAGAAAUCUGUUUUCAAAUUUUGCAUAUUAUGUGUUUGACAAAAUGUUUGAGAGAACCCUGCGAAUUUUUCUUUACAUUCUUGAGAUUGUCUCUUACUGAUUCUUUUCUUCUUCUUUUUGUUGCAGGGAUUAAAGUAGAAGCUUGAGAUUAGAGCUGAGAUCAGAGCUGCUGCAGAACUUUGAUUUUCCUUCGACUUCUUUUCUUGAAAGAAAUCUGGUGAGGUAUGGAUUCAUGGAAAACGCCAGCGCACGGUGUCAUCGCCAGCUUUAACUUUACUCAAAUAGGAGCUGGCCAAUCGGUCCCAGCUGUGCAGACCGUUGGCAGCGCCACUCAGGCCAUCGCAGAGGGGUCUUCGGCCUCUCGUCGUCUCCAGCCUAGUCCUUUUCAACUUCGUGAUGAGGAACUGGAUGAUGAAGGUACAGAAGAAAGCAAUCCCCUGAUUCAGAGGAAACGAAGGGGUGAUCCGACGAAGCAACAACCCCAGCAAAAGAAGAAAAAGAGGGUCACGAGGCCGACGGUGCAGCCGAAAACCAUGCAACUGAUCUCAGAGGAUGUUGACUCUGCUGCUCGGUUGCUUGCUUCUCCUCCUCAUCCUCUCGGUGGCGAGACGACCUCUGGGGUGGGCAUCGCCCCUCGUGCCCUUGGAGAUCUGACUGGCGAAGAGUGUCGGUCUCAAAUGAUCGCCCAGAUCGCUCCGGCUGACCUCCAAGUUCGGGAGUCCUUGAGCCGCCAGCAAAUGGCAGAUGACCUUGUGCUGACGAUUGAGACGGCUAGGGUUGAGUGUCUGGCUCUUGCUCGAAGUCUCCUCCGUGCAGAGGGCGAGGUUCAGGCCAAAGAUAAGGAGUUCUUAGCGGCGCUAGCUCGGUGUACUCACGCCGAAGAAGAAUCUUGCCGUUUGCGAGAGGAGAAUGAGAGGUUGAAGGCUGAGAGAUUGUCCGUAGACACGGAGUUGGCCCGAGUUUGGGGAGAGUUGGCACGUGUAAACCAGGAGAAAGGGAAAGAGCUCGCGGCAGUUACUCAAGAUUGCUCAGAGAAGUUGGCUGCUCUCAAGAAAGAGAUCGUGGCCAAGGAGAACCUUGCCUUCCAGCGUGGCACCCAGCAAUAUCGGCUGCGCUACUUUCUUUCUUCAGAGGGUCACGCAUUCCUGCGCAUCAUGCUACUAGAGACCAUUACUGCAUUCGUUCGUACCCCCGAGUUACUGAAUGCUGCAGCUCCGGCGCUGCAAUGGCUUGUCAAAGAGUCAACCCAGAUCACCCUUAACUUGAUCCAAGCUUCCCCUGAGCAAAGGGCCCUGUGUGAGAACGAGGCGGUGCUGAAUGCCAUCGACUCGGGUACUCUUGGAGGAAUUUUGGGUAUCAAUGUUGACUCACGACCAACUCCCGAAUGGUGGUUCCCUGUCAUAGACAAGGCUAUUAGCAUGUUUGUGACGGGCCGCGGCGCUGACCUUUCUGUUGAGCCUUUUAUUAGGACGCCUUAUCUGGAUGAGAUUCGUUCUCGUAUUCGAUCAGUUCGGGGUAACUACCCGGGUGGUGGGGUGUUCUAUGAGCCAGCUCUCGUAGUCGUAACGGCACCGACAUCUCCAGCGCAUGAGUCAGCGCAGCGUGAACCCUCCUGUGGGGAUGGCAGCGGUGAUACGGAUGAGGAGAUGCAGAUGGAGAAUCCCCCGACUCCGACCCCCAAUCCUUAGAUUCUGAAACGUUUCUGUUUUUGAUUUGAAAACUUUGUAUAUUCGUACUGAAAUUUUCAUUAACAACAAUUGGUGUAACUUGUUUGACUCUCGUAUGA